CAUUCAGCCAUUACAUUCACUCAGCCAGGUCGCAGCCGCUAGUGGUGGAGGACAGGUCAUUAGCAACAGGACAAAAUGUUAUCCGUGAGAGUUGCAGCAGCUUUGGCCAGGACCUUGCCCAGAAGGUCUGGAUUUGUGUCCAAGGCUCUCCCCGUCGCCUGCGUUGGGUUCAACCACCUCCACACACACAGACCAUGGCUGCAGAAGACAGGCACAGCCGACGUGUCCUCAAUCCUGGAGGAGAAGAUCUUGGGAGCUGACACCUCUGCUGACCUGGAGGAGACCGGCCGCGUGCUGUCCAUCGGUGACGGUAUUGCCAGAGUUUACGGACUGAGGAAUGUCCAGGCAGAAGAGAUGGUGGAGUUCUCCUCUGGACUGAAGGGCAUGUCUCUGAACUUGGAGCCCGACAACGUUGGUGUUGUGGUGUUCGGUAACGACAAGCUGAUCAAGGAGGGUGACAUCGUGAAGAGGACUGGUGCCAUCGUGGAUGUCCCUGUUGGGGCGGAGCUGCUCGGCCGUGUGGUGGACGCUCUGGGAAACGCUAUUGAUGGAAAGGGUCCCCUGGGCUCCAGUAUCCGUAGGCGUGUGGGUCUGAAGGCCCCUGGUAUCAUCCCCCGUAUCUCUGUGAGGGAGCCCAUGCAGACUGGAAUCAAGGCUGUGGACAGCUUGGUGCCCAUCGGCAGAGGCCAGCGUGAGCUGAUCAUUGGUGACAGGCAGACUGGCAAAACUGCCAUUGCUGUCGACACAAUCAUCAACCAGAAGCGUUUCAACGAUGGAACUGACGAGAAGAAGAAGCUGUACUGCAUCUACGUUGCCAUCGGACAGAAGAGGUCCACUGUGGCUCAGCUGGUGAAGAGGCUGACUGAUGCCGAUGCCAUGAAGUACACCAUCGUGGUCUCUGCCACCGCCUCUGAUGCUGCUCCUCUGCAGUACCUGGCCCCAUACUCUGGCUGCUCCAUGGGAGAGUUCUUCAGAGACAGCGGCAAGCACGCCCUGAUCAUCUAUGAUGAUCUGUCCAAGCAGGCUGUUGCCUACCGCCAGAUGUCCCUGCUGCUGCGUCGCCCCCCCGGUCGUGAGGCCUACCCUGGUGAUGUGUUCUACCUGCACUCCCGUCUGCUUGAAAGAGCAGCCAAGAUGAACGACAACUUCGGUGGUGGCUCCCUCACUGCCCUGCCCGUCAUCGAGACCCAGGCCGGCGACGUGUCUGCCUACAUCCCCACCAACGUCAUCUCCAUCACAGACGGACAGAUCUUCUUGGAGACUGAGCUGUUCUACAAGGGUAUCCGCCCAGCUAUCAACGUGGGUCUGUCUGUGUCCAGAGUAGGCUCUGCUGCCCAGACCAAAGCCAUGAAGCAGGUGGCCGGUACCAUGAAGCUGGAGCUGGCUCAGUACCGUGAGGUGGCUGCUUUCGCCCAGUUCGGCUCUGACCUGGACGCUACCACACAGCAGCUGCUGAACAGGGGUGUCAGGCUCACUGAACUGCUCAAGCAGGGACAGUACUGUCCCAUGGCCAUUGAGGAGCAGGUCACAGUCAUCUACGCUGGUGUCAGAGGAUACCUGGACAAAAUGGAGCCCAGCAAGAUCACAAGGUUCGAGAAGGCUUUCCUCCAGCACGUCCUCAGCCAGCACCAGGAUCUGCUCAGCGCAAUCAAGAUUGAAGGCCAGAUCUCAGAAGUAUCGGACACUAAACUGAAGCAGGUUGUCCUGAACUUCCUGUCCAGUUUUGAGUAAAGGAUAGCACUUCUCUUUAUCUUCAGUGAGCUACCUGUCUGUGUCCCCACUUCGCUUAUAUAUGUGAACACACUGAAGGCCAAAACCUCCAUGUACAGAUUUCUCCAAAUAAAAUUUUACAACCCUC